AUGGCUAGUGAGGAGAGUUUUGUUGUUUUGGUGCACCACAGAGGAUCUGUUAAUAGAAAAACUCGUUCCGGAGUAAAGUUCACAGAUAAGAAUCCUCUAUGUAUUGUCAUAACAUCUACGACGAGUUACGAUGAUCUUGUUAGCGCUGUACUGAUGAAGCUUGGUCUGGAGGGUGCGAAGCGAGUAAAGAAGUUUUUCUAUCGCAUUCCAGUCACGGUGCUACAGAAUACGGUGAAGUAUGAUUGCUUCACGAUUAACAAUGAUGCGGACCUGCAAGUAAUGUUUCUCUGUCGGCGGCAGUUUCCGGAGGUGAGGACACCGGAGUUGUUGGCCCGGCUGGUUGAUGUUGUAUCCAGCUCCAGCGGUUCGAACAGGAAUACGAACACUAUAGCGAAUGCAGCAGGUUCUAGUUCCCGGCCUGCCGUUGCUUCCUCGUCCGUCCCUGUGUACGAACCAGUGGUCCAACAUGUCGCCUCCCCAUCUUUCGCUGUUGACCUGAAUGCCACUUCGCCUCCCCGAGACGGUUUUUUGGGUGAUGAAGAGGAGGAUGACGUCGAGCCGGAUAUGAUUGACGAUGACAGCGCUGAUGAUAUUGAAGCGAAUGGGCCUGCAUUGGCGGAUAAAGAUGAGGCCCUUUUAAGUGUGAAGACUUACAGCAUCCGGCGAGGGGUACAGUACAAGGUAGUGGAGUCUGAUUAUCGCCGGUAUGUGGGCAAGUGUUCAGAGUUUGGGAAUGGGUGCACAUGGUUGAUUCGACUGAGUCUCCGGAAGCGCAAGGGCAUUUGGGAGGUCAAACGGUACAAUGGACCUCACACUUGCCUGGCCACAUCCAUCUCUAGUGACCACAGGAGUUUGGAUUAUCAUGUGAUUUCAGCCUUCAUUAUGCCGAUGGUUAGGGCCGAUGCAUCCGUGAGCAUCAAGGUGCUCCUGAACGCCACGGAAGCGCACUUUGGUUUUAGGCCGACUUACCGGAGGGUUUGGAUGGCGAAGCAGAAAUCUAUUGCCCUCAUAUACGGUGACUGGGAUGAGUCCUACAACGAACUGCCUAGGUGGGUCUUGGGUGUCCAGCUGACGAUGCCUGGGAGUGUUGUGGUCCUAAAGACGAGCCCGGUUCGAGUUGGAGGACAGGUGGACGAAUCUCAAGCCAUUGACGGCACACAUCUGUAUGGGAAGUAUGGGGGGACGUUGCUCAUCGCGAUUGCACAGGAUGGGAACUCCAACAUUCUACCUGUGGCAUUCGCACUAGUAGAAGGUGAGAAUGCGGAAUCCUGGACAUUCUUUCUGUCACACCUUCGACAGCACGUGACCCCGCAGCCCGGUCUGCUGGUUAUAUCGGACAGGCACAACGGCAUUAAGGCUGCGCUUGAGGCCCCUGACGGCAGUUGGCUACCGCCAUCUGCGUACCGUGCAUUCUGCAUACGACACGUAGCGGCUAAUUUUGCCCUAACCUUCAAGGGCAAAGACGCUAGGAGGCUACUAGUGAAUGCGGCGUAUGCGAAGACCGAGGUUGAAUUUGAUUACUGGUUUGAUAUCCUGCGAUCUGAAGAUCCGGCGAUGUGUGACUGGGCGAACCGGAUUGAUUACUCGUUGUGGACUCAGCAUCGUGAUGAGGGGCGGAGAUUCGGUCACAUGACGACGAACAUCUCCGAGUGUGUGAACUCUAUCCUGAAGGGGGUCAGAAAUCUCCCUGUAGCCUCCCUGGUGAAGGCAACAUAUUGUAGGCUUGCGGAGCUGUUUGUUCGCAAGGGGAGAGAGGCUGAGGCCCAGAUGGGGACAGGACAACAAUUCAGUCAGCAUUUGGUGAAGUGUAUUGAGGCCAACAUGAAGACGGCCAGGUGCUUCACGGUGACGCUGUAUGACCGGGAUAACUCCGAGUUCACUGUAGCAGAGACCACUCCGACUGGUUCUUUCUCCUUGGGUACUUACAGAGUAUCACUUGCCUCUCGGACAUGUGACUGCGGGUACUUCCAGGCUCUUCAUUUCCCGUGUCAGCAUGCACUUGCAUGCUGUGCAUACUCACGGGUCACCUGGACCUCUUACGUUCACAGCGUCUAUCAGAUUAGCUCGGUCUUCAAUGUGUAUCGGAUGGGAUUCACACCUCCCAUCCCGGAGGGCUUCUGGCCACCUUACGACGGGCCCACGGUGAUUCCAGACCCUGCCAUGAGGCGUGCCAGAGAGGGUCGUCCUAGAUCCACUAGGAUACGGACGAAUAUGGACGAGGCGGAUCCGAAUCGGCCAAAGAGGUGCGGCCUUUGUCGCCAACCCGGACACACGCGACGUAGUUGCCCACAGGUUGGAGGCUCGUCUCAGACAGGACACCGUUAG